CUCAAUUAAAAAAAGGAAUAAUUAUAUCAGCUAAAUUAAACAUAUAUUAUUAAUGCUUAUCUUAUUUUUUUAGGUGAAUCUUUUUUUUCUGUUAAAUAUUGUACGUGUUCUCAUAACAAAACUGAAGGUCACCCAUCAAGCAGAAUCAAAUCUCUACAUGAAAGCUGUUCGAGCAACCCUCAUUCUCGUUCCUCUUUUUGGGAUUGAGUUUAUAUUGUUUCCAUGGAGACCAGAGGGGCGGAUUGCCGAAGAAGUGUACAACUAUGUUAUGCAUAUCCUCGUGCAUUAUCAGGUUGAUUCUAUAUUUUAUUUUCAGUAGGCAAAUGCAUGCAUUUGUUUUUAUUUUACAAGUAAGCACUCACAAUAUACUGGAGAAUGCAGAAAUUGAUGAAGGUUAAUUCAAAUUGCUGGUGGCAGCCAAACACAAUCCUUUUUUGAAUCUUUGCAUUUACCAGCUGCUAGCCAUUACUAGUGGCAUGUAUUGCAUCAUUGGAACACUCAUUAUGCCCAAACCUGUCACCAUCCCAUUUUUAUAAAAGCAAGAGGUAUCUCUAUUUUGACUUCUAAGUUUACCAAGAAUUCUACAUAACUGCUGAGAAAACGGGCACCACACUGAAAUGCACUGCUUGGAGGAAAAUAACUGUCUUUGCUCACAGAUAUUUUUUUUCUCAGUGAAAUCAUCAAUAGAAGUAUUGUAAACUAGAGAACUUUAGUAUAUGCUAUAGCAUAAUAUGUUAAUGCUUGGUGAGUACUCCACUUUAGGUUUAACAUACCACUUAUUAGUAACCAAAUUAAGGUUGAAACGUAUAUACCAUUACAUUUGCAUUUCAGUGGCUAGAAGUUAAAUGCUAAAUGCUGUUAGUAGGAAAGGAAAACUAGUUUUAAAAUAGAUCAAAAAGCUAAAUCUGACUAAAAUAUCAAUCUUAAAGGUACACUAUAGUCAUCAGAACAACUACAGCUUAUUGAAUUUGUUCUUGUGAGUAGAAUCAUUACCUUCAGGCUUUUUGCUGUAAAUACUGUCUUUUCAGAGAAAAUGCAGUGUUUACAUUACAACCUAGUGAUAACUUCACUGGCCACUCCUCAGAUGGCUGUUAGAGAUCCUUCCUGGGUCAUGGCUGCCUAAAAUGCAUCCAACUAUUCAGUGUCUCCUCCCUCUGCAUGCAGACACUGAACUUUCCUCAGAUGAGAUUCAUUGAUUCAAUUAAUCUCUAUGAGGAGAUGCUGAUUGGCCAGGGCUGUGUUUGAAUCAUGCUGGCUCUGCCCCUGAUCUGCCUCUAUGUCAGUCUCAGCAAGUCCUAUGGGGAAGGAUUGUGAUUGGAUCAGACUACCACUUCUGCUGAUGUCAGCAGGCAGUGGGCAGGUCUAAAGGAAAGAGGGACAAAGUAAGCAGCUCCAGACUUGAUUACAAGUAAGACUUUACUAUAUUUAGGGAGGCAUGAGGGGACCAGGGUGGCUAGAUGGUGGUUUUAACCCUAUAAGGUCAGUAAUACAUGUUUGUGUUCCUGACCCUUUAGUGCUCCUUUAAAGUCUUGUCUAGGUUACAAAGUGCAUAUUUUCAAUGCAUUUAAAAAAUAUGCAUUAGAAACAAGGAAAUACAGGGCGCCAAAAUCACCAGAUAAAUAAACGAGGAUAAUAAUAAAAUGAAUGAGGAUAAUACUGUUUAUUUAAUAAUGUGCACCAACACUGUGCAAACAAUAAAAAAAUAUAUCUACAUAAAAAGCCUAAAUAGGCUAAAGACCCAUAGGUAUAGCAGCUCUACAUAACAUGAAAAAGUGCUAAAUGCUAAAGUGCAGACAGUGAAAUAAAGUGGCAGAGUGCAACUCCCAUCACUUCAAGCUGGUAUACAUAGAUAAUGUCCACAACUGGUCACGUAGGCAAAAGUCAUGUAAAACAGAAACUGCUGAUACCAAAGUGGAAGGGUCCUCAGUGCUGCUCAACGAGUUUCGUCCUUUAGACUUCAUCAGGAGCUUCUUAAUCUUCUCACGCUCUUCUCUCUUUUAAAUCUGCCGGUCUGCCGGUUCUUUCGUGACUGAACAAGCUAUUUUUAUUUUGGAUCUUAUUAGGUUCAUUUUAUUUCAUAAUUAUUUUUGGUUUGAAGGGUCUUAUUACCUCCAAACAUGUGGAACAGCGAUGGGCACCAGGUUCGCACCAAGUUAUGCCAACAUUUUUGUGGCAGAUUGGGAGUGGAAUAAUAUAUGGCAUAAUAAUCCGUUUGGUGCGAACCUGGUGCAAUGGAAUCGUUAUAUAGACGAUGUUCUUUUUAUCUGGAAAGGGAAUAGAAGUUGCCUUGAUGAGUUUUUAAUGUAUAUCAAUUCUAAUGGUUAUGGUCUUAAAUUUACAUCAGAUAUUAAUGAAAUAUCUAUUAAUUUCUUAGAUCUCACCUUAUUUAUAAAAGAAGGAAAAGUUUUCAGUAAAACCUUUUUUAAACCUACGGAUGGUAUUGGUUUUAUUGAGUUCUCCAGCUGUCAUCAUCGUAAUUGGUUAACCAAUAUCCCCAAAGGACAGCACAUGAGAAUCUUCAGAAACUGUACGGAAAAGGACUUAAUUGAGAAAACGAUCCGUAAAAACUGGCCUAUUUUAUUACAAGAUAGAUUUUUAAAGAACAUUUUACCUAAGAGACCUAAGAUAUUAUAUAAGAGGCCUAAUAACCUUAGGAGUAUUUUAGCCCCUAGCAUUUUACCUAAGAAGGAGGUUGAUAAAAGUGGUAUUAAUUUUUUAUCUGAAAAAAACCUAAAGGUUUUUUUAAAUGUGGGAGAUGUACUACAUGUAAGUUUCAGAAAAAUAAGGUAACAGAAUUUUGUAGUUCAGUAACCAAGGAAACUUUUCAGAUCAAGCACUUUAUCAAUUGUCAAAGUCAAUUUGUUGUUUAUAUGUUACAAUGUAAAUGUGGCGUCCAGUAUAUAGGACGCACAAUUAGGAAACUUCAUAUAAGACUACUUAAACAUUUUAAUGGUAUUAAAAAUAAGAAUACGAAACAUAGUGUUCCCAGACAUUGUAACGAAUGCAGUGAUUUUGAUUUUAAGGAUUUUAUGUGUAUAGGGAUUGAUAAAGUUAUACCACAUUGGAGAGGGGGUGAUACAGAAAAGAUGCUAGCAAAAAGGGAAACUGAAUGGAUAUAUAAAAUGAAAUCCUCUGUUCCCUUAGGUCUCAAUACAGAUUUGGAUAUUUUAUCUUUUAUUGAUUAAGUUAUUUAUAUUUAUCCUUUUAUGUUUUUUAAAAAAUGUUUUAAAAAAUAAAAUAUUUUAUAAAAUAUUUUAUAAAAUAAAUAAUAUAUGAAUAUGGACAUUUUUCUAGAUUUAUUUAUGGUCUCCUUAUGAAAUGUUUUUUAAAUAAUGUUUUUUAAAUGUUUUUAGAUUUAUAUAUGUUUGACGCUGAAUAUUUUUCCCUCUGUUUUUUAUGUUAUUUAAGAUUCAUUAUAGAUGUCCCCAUCUUAUUUAUCUAUAUAUAUCCAUUUAUUUUUAUGGACAUAUCUUUUUAUGGAUGUAUUAUCUGUCUCUUUAUUGUCAUUAUCAUUAUUAUGAUCUUGGAUUACCUACAUAUAUUGUAUUCAUUUUAUUCAUGUUAAAAAUGAGUAUUCAUUUUAUUCAUGUUAUAAAUGUGCUUCUAGUGUUUUUUAUUCCCUUCCUGUUUGUAAUAGAUAUAUCUUUAAAUAGAUUUUAGAUAUAUCAUCAUUUUUCCUAUUUGUGCCAUCAUUUUUCCUAUUUGUGCACCUUUUUUAUAUUCACAAUUUUUGCUUAUAAUAAUAAUUUUUGUUUUUAAUAUAUUCCUUUUUUAAUGUAUUUUCUCUUCCCCAUGAAGCCACAUUUAUAUAUCGAAUCAGCCGACAGUCUUAGCGUGAAUUAUGAACGUUCUUGCUGUAGGACGUUCAGUUGCUACUGUGCACAUAGAACAAUAAAGAUUAUUUGCGUUCCAGCGUGGCCGCCCAUGCGCAGAACAUUCACGCGUGCGUCAUGACGUAUGACGGUGCGCGUGACGGGCGCAUGCGCAGUCACGAAAGAACCGGCAGAUUUAAAAGAGAGAAGAGCGUGAGACGAUUAAGAAGCUCCUGACGAAGUCUAAAGGACGAAACGCGUUGAGCAGCACUGAGGACCCUUCCACUUUGGUAUCAGCAGUUUCUGUUUUACCUGACUUUUGCCUACGUGACCAGUUGUGGACAUUAUCUAUGUAUACCAGCUUGAAGUGAUGGGAGUUGCACUCUGCCACUUUAUUUCACUGUCUGCACUUUAGCAUUUAGCACUUUUUCAUGUUAUUUAGAGCUGCUAUACCUAUGGGUCUUUAGCCUAUUUAGGCUUUUUAUGUAGAUAUAUUUUUUUAUUGUUUGCACAGUGUUGGUGCACAUUAUUAAAUAAACAGUAUUAUCCUCAUUCAUUUUAUUAUUAUCCUCGUUUAUUUAUCUGGUGAUUUUGGCGCCCUGUAUUUCCUUGUUUCUACUGUAUGUUUUAAGGUUUGAGUGACCUUUUACAGUGGCUUGCCUUCAUCCAGAUAUCACUACACUUCACCCAACCCUAUACUUGUUCCAAAAAAUAUGCAUUUGCUCAUUUUCAAAAAAGAAUUUCCUGGGCUGAUCUCUAUAGGCUUUGAUUGUGUCUGCAAUCAGUCUUCUUGUAAUAUACUUAUUUUAUCUCACAUGGGAAGCUGCUGGCAGGGAGUAAUGCUUUAUGUUGGCAGUCGCUGGCAAUUAACAGAGCUAUGAAUGCUGUGUUAAUAUGGUCUCCCCCUACAAUUCCUAAAUUAAUCACUAUUACUGAUGUUUGGUGUGUGAAAUUUAAAUAUAUUGAUAUAUAUUUUCAGGAGUUGUAGGAAGGCUGUGUUAUUUGUCAGCAAGAGUAGGUAUGGCUAGAGCUACAGAAAAAAAGGUAAUUUAAAGAGAUACCCUAAGACUCCAAACCACUCCAUGUUAAUGAAGCGAAUUUAGUGCAUAGACCCUGUUUCUAUUCUCUGGCAAUAAAAUAAAUUGCCAUUUCAGAGAACCAACUAUGUAUACAUUUGCCAUAGGACACACUUCUGCUGGCUGUCAGACUGACUAAAAGCACUUCAUCAUGAAGACCUUUGAAAACCACAUGGUGAUGCUCAAUGUUGUUUAUGCUUCUAAUAGAGUAGUGAUGUAGUGAUGGAGCACAAUAAUUGGCAUGCAUGCACGAUAUAACCACAAUGCUCAUUGAGUCUUGGAUUGAACAAAGCCUUGGUUGAUAAUUUCACAGAAGGCUGUAGAGAGCAAACUGUCAUGGUGCUAUAUUAAUUGUAUAUCUUAUAGAGAUAUUUCUUUUUCUUAUGAGCAGGGGCCCUUAAACCCUUUUAAAAAAAUCUACAGGAGCAUAAUGUUAUAUUAUUUUACUUUUUUUUUUAAUUAGUGUGCUUUUUUAAUAAAAUAAUUUGGUGAACUAAAUAAUUAGCAACCCGACAUUUGUGGAAUCAGCUUAAAACAUAAUGGGUGAGAUUUAUAAGUGUCACCAAGACUUUUAGGUCUUAUCUUCAGCAAAUGUUUUAUUUAUGUAUUUUUUAUUGAAAUUGUUUUCAGUCUGUUAUUUUUUGCAUAAUUUUUUUAAUAUAUGCCAUCUUUUUAAGUAACACAACUGAUUUAUCAGUCUUAAAAACCACUUUUUUUUUUCUAAAAGAAAAGUAUUAUAUUCAACUUCUCUUUUUCCUACAACUCUAAUUGUGUAUGUCUUCUGAAAUUGGAAUUUCUGUAAAAUGUAGAGUUUAUGAUCACAUUUAGUUAAAAAUAAGGACGUAGUUUAACCAUAAUUUUGCAGAACACACUGAUACAUAUUACCCACUAUGUUCUAAAAAUAAGGUGUCAGUUAUUGUUAAUCAAAUGCCUUGUGCGUGUAUAUUCUAACUUCAUUUAACUCUUCUUUUUACAGGGAUUGUUGGUGGCUACAAUUUUCUGCUUUUUUAAUGGGGAGGUAAUUAUGAAAUCUCUACAAUUAUUUAUUGUAGCUAUAGAUUUGGUAUCUACACAGGAAUAUAGUACAUUAUGUAAUAAUUGAGGGAUACAUAUCUUACCUGGGAAUGCUACUGUUUUACUCUAGAUCUAGUAGAUUUUAUAGCUCAUUACUGGGUUUCUGGACAGUAGUUUAUUCUUUGAACAUGAAGAGUAUAAUGUGAGUUUUAAACCUUAUAGAAAGGUUGACAGGGUGCUAUAUUUUCUAGGAAAUAUAUCAUAUAAAUCAUAUUUGGUGGCAGAAGUAGGUAGCAUUUAUAUGCCAACAUAAAAAUGAAAUUGAAUACAAUCAGAUAGACAGAUGGAUAGAGGGACAGACAGGCAGGUAGAGGGAUACAGUUAUGAGAAAAAUAAUGUACACCCUCUUUGAAUUCUAUGGUUUAACAUAUCAGGACAUAAUUACAAUCAUAUGUUGCUUAGCAGGUCUCAAAAUUAGAUAAAUACAACCUCAGAUGAACAACACAUGACAUAUUACACUAUGUCAUGAUUUAUCUAACAACAAUAAAGCCAAAAUGGACUUCCUACUGAUAUAUUACUUUACCUGUAGAAAACUGGUUUAAUGUAUGCUCCUUAAGUAGGACUGGGAUUGCUAUGAAAGGCCCCCCCCCAAUAACACACUGGGUUGAUCAACAUUGCAGCAUAUUUUGUUAAAUUUAUUUAAGGAAUAAUACAAAAUGUUGAAAAGAAUGUUGGAAAUAUUUGAAAAACCAUGCAUCAGUUGCUGUAUUAUUUAAAAGGGACACUGUAGUCACCGGAACAACUCCAGCUUAAUGUAGUUGUCCUGGUGAGUAUAGUCAUUUUCAGAGAAAAGGCAGUGUUUACAUUACAGCCUAGGGACAUUUCCAGUGGCCAAUCCUCAAAUGGCUACUAGAGGUGCUUCACGUGGCAGUGUUACACAGUGACAUUCAGUGUCUGAGAGAGAGACUGAAAUUUCCUCAUUGAUUCAAUGCAUCUCUAUGAGGAGAUGCUGAUUGGCCAGGGUGGUUGUUUACUGCCCCCCUGACCUAUCUCCUUGGCAAUUUCGAUCAAUCCAAUGCUUUCCUGUGGGAAAGCAUUGUGAUUGGCUCAGAUCAUCACUUCUGAUGAUGUCAUCCAAGGAGGCAGAUCAAAGGCAGAGCCAGCACCAGCAGACUGGAAAAAUGUAAGAUUUUACUAUAUUUAGAAGGGCAAGUGGGGGAGCAGGGAGGCUUUAGUGUUUUUAACACUAUAGGGUCAUUAAUACACAUUUGUGUUCCUGACCCUACAGGGUUCCUUCAGUUCAUUUCUACUUAUUCAUCUUAACAUUGUGUCAGGUGUUGUGUCUCUAGAGAAUUACUUUUCUUUUAUUUUCUUUCGAAAAUAAAUAUAUUUGUAUAGGGAGUUUCACACUGCAUGCAUGUAUAUAGCCGAGCACAAGAGGGUUUACAUUAUAUACAGAUUCAUGAUCAAUACUGGUAAUUAACAAUUCAUUAGAAUUACUUUUUCUAACAACCAGUUAGUAUUUUUGAACAGAACAUCUCCAGUGUACCAGUAAUUUAUUCACAAAGUGCUUAGAACGUCAUAACUAUAAUUUUAUAUUUUGUUUUUCACACCACAGGUACAAGGAGUCUUAAAAAGACAAUGGAAUCAGUACAAAAUUCAGUUUGGAAUUAGUUUAGCUCAUUCAGAAGGUCUUCGUUCUGCUUCCUACACAGUGUCUUCUAUCAGUGAGGUCCAGGGUACCACGUAUGUGGCUGAUUAUAGCAGUGAACAUUCAAAUGGGAAAAACUGCCAUGAUAUGGAAAAUGUUUUUAAAUCAGAGAAGUCAUACAUGUAAAAUAUGUUAUCACUGCUUUUUAUAUAAAUAGAUCUUUAUUGUCUAUUUGCAGUGUGUGUGUGUGUGUGUACACAAUUUGUUCUAUCCCACAUAGAAGAAAGUAUAUUUAAAAUAUAUUUUAAAACAUUUAUUUGAAAUAUAAAUUAUAUUUGUGACUGUAUUUCUGAAUAUAUGUUUUAAAUAUAUUGCAGCAGCCAUGAAUAUCUUUCAAAGUGUAUUUUGGAAGACGUUCUGAAAUAUACAUCGAAAAUAUUCUAGGGUAUAUCUUAAGAGUACUUCAAAAUGCAUGUAGAAAUAUAUUUCCAAAUAUGCAGUAUACCUGGCAGACAAAUUAAAGAAUAUAUUUCCAUGAUAUUUUGAAAUGCCCUUUCAAUAUAUUGCCAUAAAACCAGCCAAUAUUUCUACUGGUUGUCAAAAUAUAUUUCCAAUGCAUUCGAAAGAAUUUGCUGGUUGUGAAAAAACACUUGUUUUCCUGGCACUAUAGUGCCCUGAGGGUGCCCCCACCCUCAGGGUCCCACUCCCGCCUGGCUCUGGGGAGAGGAAAGGGUUAAAACUUACCUUUUUUCCAGCGCCGGGCAGGGAGCUCUCCUCCUCCUCUCCGCCUCCGAUCCUCCUCUUCGGCUGAAUGCGCAUGCACGGCAGGAGCUGCGCGCGCAUUCAGCCGGUCUCAUAGGAAAGCAUUUACAAUGCUUUCCUAUGGACGCUUGCGUGUUCUCACUGUGAUUUUCACAGUGAAAAGCACGCAAGCGCCUCUAGCGGCUGUCAAUGAGACAGCCACUAGAGGAUUUGGAGGCUGGAUUAACCCUAACAUAAACAUAGCAGUUUCUCUGAAACUGCUAUGUUUAUAAAAAAAAAAAGGUUAAUCCUAGAGGGACCUGGCACCCAGACAAGUUCAUUAAGCUGAAGUGGUCUGGGUGCCUAGAGUGGUCCUUUAAUAGCAUUGUACAAUUUAUGUUUGUGAUUAUGCUGAGGUCUUGACUGAUGUUUCCUACAAUUGGCCAUAUUUAAACUCAGCAAUGCUUCUGUUUACUGCGUCACUUAUGAUGCCUUUUGAAGUUCCAGGAACCUUCUCCAGAGUAGGUGCUUUUAAAAGUUAAUGAAAAGUAUUGAAUUUAUGAGAUUUUUGUUAUGAACCAAUACCUCUGUAACAGGUGCAACAAAAUAAAUUAAACAAACAAUAUCAGACAGUUAUAAAUACAUUCAAAUAUUGUAGGCCUAUAAAAUCAGUAUUAAACCAGCAUCUUGCCUACAACAAGCUUCAUUGUGCAAAGUACAACCAGAUUAAACAAACUACUUUACUUUGGUACAACUGUCAAAACUGGCUCAUACAAACAUACAAAAGUAAGCCCUGCGCUCAAACUCCCAUUACACCCGGGUGACAGCAAUAUAGUACACAUCAGCCCAAAUACAUACAAUAAAAACCAAAGAAAAACUUGCGCACUAUCCCAAAUCCCUAUGUACAUUUAAAUAACUGGAGUUAUUUUAAUAUCACUCCAAUGGCCAUUAAAGUGUAAGCUCAUCUGCCACGUCAAGGCAAAACCUCUAAAGGUGAGUCCUACAACAAUUAAGUUAACUAACCAACUAAAUAUGUCAUGUGUGUGUGUGUGUGUAUAUAUAUAUAUAUGUAUAUUUGUAUAUAUAUAUAUAUAUAUUUCUUUUCUAAAUAUAUUUAAAAUGUAUUUCUCUUCUAUAUGGGGUGAGCUUCCUGCGUACCUUCAGAGAUGUCCUACAGUAGAGCUUUCCUUUUGUUUAGCCACUUUGGAUUGUAUUCUUUCUACACUUGGGUCAAUGACAACAUACAUCUGGGGAAAUUGUCAUAUGAGUGUCUGCUUUCUUUCAAUAUAUGGUUUGGAAUGAUGGUAAUGUCAUGUUGUAACAUUUAUUUCAGGAACCGUUAUUGUGAUAUUUGAAUUAUUCUUGUCAAGUGCCAUUUCUCAAUAAAGUAUUUUAACAGUGUGGUGGUCAUAUUAGCUAAGGUACGUUAAAAAAAUAUAAUAAUCUCACCUUACAGCAUGAGAAAACAAAGCAAGAUACACAAUAGUAAGACUGAUGAGGAACAACGUGUGUGUGUGUGUGUGUGUAUGUAUGUAUGUAUAUAUAUAUAUAUAUAUAUAUAUAGUGUUCAAGUAGAGAUUGUAGCCGUAUUAGUCCAGUGAUGUAGAUGUAAAAACAGAUAAAACACGUAUCUUGUAUACCUUUUUUAUUGGACUAACAGAAUUUUUUAAUGACAAGCUUUCGGGAGAACCUCCCUUUCUCAAGUCUGAAGCAUUUCUGAGCAAGACGACACAUAGAAUUAAAGUUGAGUUGUGAUACAGGGGUUAAAGCGACAUGAGUCCAGAUAAGACACAGGUUUGUUAGAAAAUAGACACCAUUUUUGCAGAGGGUCAUAAAUAUCUUUCUGAAGAGCAGAGUGAGGGGGGGAGAGGGAGAAGAAAAACAAACAAGCAGAUAGUGCAGAAGAUGGUACACUUUAUACAUACACACAUAGGCGUGCGCAGCCUAUUGUAUAAGGGUGUGCACCCUAAAGCAGAAAUACACACACAUAUAUAUAUAUAUAUAUAUAUAUAUAUACACACACACACACACUGCUGUGUGUGAGGGUGCUGUGUGUGUGUGUGUGUGUGAAGGUGCUGUUAGUGUGUGUGUAUGUGUAAGGGUGCUGUUAGUGUGUGUGCGUGAGGGUGCUGUUAGCGUGUGCUGUGUGUGUGUGAGGGUGCUGCUAGUGUGUGUAUGUUUAAAGGUGCUGUUAGUGUGUGUAUGUGUAAGGGUGCUGUUAGUGUGUGCUGUGUGUGUGAGGGUGCUGUGUGUGUAAGGGUGCUGUUAGUGUGUGCUGGGUGCUUUGUGUGUAAGGGUGUUGUUAGUGUGAGGGUGCUGUUAGUGUGUGUGUGUGUGUAAGGGUGAUGUAUGUGUUUGCUGUGUUAGUGUGUAAUGUGUGGGGUGUGGGGGCCGUUUAGUUAAUAUCCCUUCUUACCUUAUGUAGGGAGGGGGGACCGUGCUGCUGCCAUCCCUGGUGGGCCAGUGGAGAGUGAACUCUAGCCCCCUGUGGGCUAGAGUUAACCCUCCGACCACGCGAGAGGAACCUGGCGGAGCUGCUGGCAAGAGCUCCCCGAGUCCUCUCCUGCCUCCCUCACUUCCUGUGGGUCGGCAGCGGCCCACGGAGGGAGGCACAUAGCACGUACUGCGGGGAUUAGGGUGUGCCUAGGCACACCCGGCACACCCCGUGCGCACGCCUAUGCAUACACACACACACAUAAAUAUGUAUAUGCGAACGCAUAAACACAUGUACAUAUACAUAAUCACAUAUACAUACAUUUACAUGAACUCAUAUACACAAAUAUAAAUGCACAGUCAUAUAUAUAAGCAUACAUGCAUAAGAGUAUGGGAAAGCAUAGGUCUAUACAUAGUACUUUAUAUAUUUAUAGAAUAAACACAUUGGAAUGCGUUUUAAAGUGUUGAUACAUAUGACAGAACAGUAAGAUAUUGUGGGGGAGUGUUCAUGUAAAGUGUUGGUAGUGGGACAGGAAACCCAAAUCAAUAGUUAGUCCUCUAUUCUUGCUGUUAAACCAUUUGAUCAUUCUGGCUUCAAAUGUUUUUCUUUCUUGGGUAUUUUUAAAACCCCCUUUCAGUUCUUUGAUUUUUAGGUCCUUCAGUGAGUGGCCAGGCUGGGUAAAGUGGUGUCCCACAGGAGUGCAGUGGGAUUCUUCUUUAUGGUGUUUAAUGGAGUGUCUGUGCAUAUUCAUUCUGCCAUUUAAUGGCUGGGUGGUUUCCCCAAUGUAGCAUCCUAGGUGGCAUUUGGUGCAUUGAAUCAUGUAUACCACAUUGCUGGAUGUGCAGGAGUAUGAACCUUUAAUGCUGUAUGUUUUAUUGUUGUGUGUGGCUGUGUUGUCUGUGCAUAUGUGCUGACACAGUUUGCAGUGAGGUUUUUUGCUUUGACUGGUCCAAUUUUCUUUAUUCUUACCAUCAGUGGGCAGCUUCCUGUUGAUUAAUUUUUGUUGGAGGUUUGGUGGUUGUCUGAAGGCCAAAAUGGGUGUUUCAGGGAAAAUGUUUUUCAGAGUCUCAUCUUCUGUUAACAUUGGUUGUAGGUCUUUGAUGAUUUUCCAUAUUUCCUCAAGAGCUGGGUUUUAGAUGACCACAAGUGGCACUUGUGUAGAUAUUUUUUUCUCUCUGUACUGUAGCAGGCGCGUGCGUGGAGUUUUUACAGCAGAGUUGAUUUUUAGCCUUUCUGUCUCAUAGAUUGGGAGAGUACAUUUAGAUGGGAAUUACGGUCAUUAGGAUCAGGGCAUAUGCGAUGGUACCUAGUGGCUUGGCUGUAGAUGAUGCCCUGCUUAGUAUGGGAGGGGUGGAAGCAACUUCUGUAGGUAACUGCACCUGUCUGUGGGUUUUCUGUAAACCGAGGUGUGGAUUGUGCCAUUGUUACAUGUCACAGUGGUGUCCAGAAAAUUCACAGAUCUAGUGAAAUAUUCCAUUUUUAGUUUGAUUGAUGGAUGGAAUGUGUUGAAAGAGUCAUGGAACUGUAUCAGUUUUUCUUCGUUUUCAGUCCAAAUUAUGAAAAUAUCAUCGAUAUAGCGAUAAUAUUUGUAUGGUUUGGUGUGCUCUAUUUCUAGGAAUCGCUGUUCAAGAUCUGCAAUCUUAGUACCCAUAGAAGUGCCCGUGAUUUGUAGGUAAACCUCAUUGUUAAAACUGAAGUAGUCCCCACCUACUUCUGAGACACUUAGUGGGGCCUAGGAUAGUCGAAGUCAGAGGGGUAACACACUCCUGGUGAAACUAACGCUAUGCAGCUCUGCUUGGACCCCCACCCCUCCAUCCCACCCUCCAAGUUUACCUUAAACUAUCUCACCCCAUCUCCUCAGAUCUUUGAGGACGCUUUUCCUUUUUCUGAUUCCAAUCUUUUGAACUAUCUUUUCUUUUUUAUAUAACUGUAAGAUCGUGCAUAACAGGGCGACAAAAAGGGUCACAGUGAAGCAAGUGUGUGUAUGUGUGUGUGUGUAUAUAUAUAUAUAUAUAUAUAUAUAUAUGUAUACAUACAUACAUACACACUACCCUUAAUGGUUUUAUGGGCAAGCAACUGCACGGUACUUGCAUGUUUUUAUCCACUACUAAAAAAAAAAAAAAAAAAACAAGCGGGAUAUCUUGAGAUAAUUAAAGAAGUGAUCUAACACCUAGGGAAAUACAGGCAAAAACACAUUUCACGAUCUCAAAAACUGUAAGUUGUACAAAUUGAACUUUGCAUUCCUGUUGAUGAUGUUAAAAGCCAAAAAUAUGGCGUAUAUGCCUAUGUGUAAUUGUUUUUAAAAUGGUUAUGUGUAAUAUGUAUAAGAUGUCCUGUUUUGGAAUAAAUAAAGAAUUUAAAAAAAAAACUAAAAAAAAAACCUGAAGUAGUUAUGUGUGAGGAUAAAUAGUGCCAGUUCUGUGAUAAUUCGGGGGCUGUAUUUUUGGUUGUCAGCAUAAGAGAGGAAAUGGAAGCUAGCAUUGAUGCCAUCUGUUUGUGGAAUGUUGCUGUACAGAGAUUCCACAUCCAUGGUUACAAGGAUGGUGUUAACAGGGAGAUUGGUGAUUUGGCUGAGUUUGUUGAGGAAGUCGGUUGUGUCUUUUAUGAAGCUGUUGGUGACUAGAGGUUUUAG